GGGUGGCAGAAGGGUGGUUUAUCGACCAGGACGCGAACCUCGAGAAGCUCAGUAUUCGCGGGACCACCACUCCGUUAAAACGGUCGCGCGCUAGACAAACAUUUUCCGUGAUAUCUUUCUCUUCUUUAUUUGCCUUGUAACAAAGAGAAGAAGAAGAGAAGAAUUAAGAAGAAAGAAAUAAUAAAGGAAAUUCAAAGAGAAGAUCAAGGAGUGUCCGAUGCGAGUAUCAUCGAACUUUUAGACCAUCUUUCCUUGGUGAAGCGCGCGAAUUUUACAAAAGGAAUCACGACGUAGAGAUAAAAGCUCUUGCUCAUCAAAGAUGAUUACGGCAUUACCAGUUCCAUCUGUAAAGGUCUUCCACAAAACUUAUUAUCAAGAGAAGGGAACAAGAAUAGGAAACAGCCAACCGGGAAGUCCAUUGGCAGAAAGCGAGGCAGUUUUAGCAUUGGUCGACAAAGAACCUCCUGAAUAUUAUUUUUGUGGAAAGGUAAAUUCUCUCCACGUUGUUGUGGGAUCUUUACUUUUUGGAGCCGUUGUACUCGUCGUCGGGUUAGUUCAACUUGCACCUGGAGCCGAAGCCGCACAAAAUUCGGCCGUAUUGAUAGCGGCUGGAUGCGGCCUUCUCGUAGUUGGUGUUUUAUUGGCGCCUCUUCGAGCUCUCUGUAUCAGAAGACAAAAGGCUGUUCAAAAGGAGGGUACACAUCAGCGAAGUAUCACCAGCAUAGACAAACUACUUUCUCAAAACAGAGAUUUCACUGUCCUGACACCGGACGAAUUGGAGGAUCUCGUAGGAAGGCCGGCCUCAAGCUUGGAGAACAACAAAACGAGUUCGAAACAAGUUCGAAAUACCUAGGUAUUGUCAGCCUCGAAGAAGGCCAUGCCUUCAUCGCCGACGUGUUCGAACACAGCAUCCUCAUCUACAUCACCAGGAACGAGCUCCUCCAUUCUUUACACUCAUCGUUUCGACUCACGCGAGCACAGUCUCGUUUGAAAGAAAGCUUGAAGGCUUGAUCAAAGAGAGCUUGGAAAUCAUUCGAUCUCCAUUUUAUCGUUUUUUUCUAAAUUGGAAAAGAGUGAUUGGAUUAAAAAGAGAAAAGAAAAUUACGACGACGACGACGAAGCACAUAAAAGGAUAAUUCAUUUAACAAUUAACGUUACUAUAUUCGAUCGUCUAAUGAUUUAUUACUCAAUUUUCUCUGUUAGUAUUACGCAUCUAACGUGUAAUACUAUCUUCGUUUACGACCAAUUGGCGUCUUACUUGAUUAUUAUUAUGGUUUCGGGUCCAACGUGGAAAAACGUACGUUUCUGAUAUAUCGAUCUAUUAUCGGCACAUUCGUAUUCCCAUUGGUAUAUAAACCGAAUCGUUCUACGUCAAACGAUGCAAUAUUAAUUAAUGCAAUAUUAUUAAAUUCUCAACAUUGUAUUUUUUUCGCCGAUGAAUAUAAAAAAAAGGAAAAAAAAUUUUCGAAAAAUAAGUUUCGAAAUUUUAUCCCAAUUAUUUUCAAAUUGAUGAGACUUUUUAAUUAGAUAAUAUUAUUUUUACGCAGCUCAAUUAAAUCGACAGACAAUUAAAAUUUCACAAUAAUUCAAGUGAAAAAGUUAAAAUAAUGUAAAUCAGUUAAUUGUAAGAUAAACAGAAUUGAGUAAGUCUAUAAUAUUAUUAAUAAUAAAAAUAAUAAUAAUAAUAAUAAUAAUAAUAAUAAUAAUAAUAAUAAUAAUAAUAAUAAGCACGCAGGGGCCUAAGCCUAAUACCUAUCAAUAAUUUAGCUUAUGAAAUAACGGGGAUAAUUUAUAAAUUGCAUAAAUAAAUCGUUUCCUUGCAUUUGAAGUCAUAAACAUUUCAUCGUUAAAUCAUAAAUGCAGUCAGCUGUUAUUUCAGAAUACUCAUCAAUUCAGAAUGAUCUAUGAAGAUAAAAUUAGAUUCAAUCAAAACAUAGAGCCCACUAAAGUUGGCAAGUUUAACUUUUGAAAUCGAUUGAAAAUCGAAUCGAUUGACGUAGAAUGGCUCGGACAGAGAAACGAUACGUCGAUGAUUUAAAAUAAUUUGAGAUUAAAGAGCGGGUUUUUUUCUUUCCUUCAAAAAAGAAUUCAUUUCAUAAAAUAAAGUCGCUUUAAUAUCGUCAUCAUUGAAAGCGAAUAUUCACGAAUGAAAUUUCUUUUUUGAAGAGAAGAAGAAAAGGGAAGAAAGUAACGCGCUAAUUUGGCAAGGGUAGUCAAUGAUCGACCAAUCAAAGAUUGACUUCCCUUCGUCGUACGUUGUUCAAGUUGCGGUCCACUCUUUGUGUUCCAAGAAAAAAAAAAAAAAAUAAAUAAAAUAAAAUAAAAUGUAUCAAAAGAAAAAAAAACCAACAAAAAAGAAGAAAAAAAGGGAGAAAAAAGAACGAAGGUAUUCGUCAUGCAUUUAAUCGAACAUCUUCAAAAGAAUCCUUAAAAAAAAGUGAAUUAAACCAUUGAACGAGAUGAGAUAUGACAUCCAUAUAAAUAUAUACAUAUAAAUAAUAUAUACACCAUACGCGAAAGAAGACACGAAUAACGACAUAAUCAUAAAGUUAAACGAGAUGUAGCGACGUAAGUGUAUACAUAUUUCUCGUAUUGUAAUUUUUCUAAUGGGAUUUCGCGUAUGUAACGUUUCUCCGAUAGAAAACUGAGAAACGUAUUUUCUGUUUCAAAAUCGUUAGAAAUUAUGCGCGCGCCCACGCGCCCGCUCUUAACAUACGUAUAUUACAUUAUAUAUAUAUAUAUAUAUAUAUAUAUAUAUAUAUAUAUUAUUUCCACCGUCAACGGAAAUAAAUUCGAUUUGACGAUAACGCGAAAAAGAUUUCAUUUUCUUAUUCUUAUUAUUAUUACUACUUGUUAUUAUUAUUGUUAACGUGUUUAUCGUUCUUUAUUCUUCGAGAUAACGUUGAAUUUUGAAUCGUACCUCUCUUGAGAAAGAAAGUAUGUAAAUUUAUCGGCGAAAAAAGAGAAAAAGAAAAAAGGAAAAAAAGAAGAAAGGAAAACCUUGUUAUUCCGUUCAGUUUCGCCCACGCCAAAGUCAAUUUGUAGGAACCCUUUGUGCAUCGAAAUAACGUAUAUAUAUAAAAAAAAAAAAAAAAAAAAAAAAGAAAGAAGAAAAGGAAAAAAAAAGACAAAAUCGAUCGAUCCUCUUGCAAAAAAAAAAAACGUCGUUACAUGAAGGGUUUAAUGAAAUCGCGUUCGAACUUGGAAUAAUCCAUAUUACAAUCCCGUCAAGAUAUAAGUCUGAGCAACUGCCCUUAUUAAAAAUGUUGAAGAAGAAGAAGAAGAAGAAGACGAAGACGAAGAAGAAGAAAAGAAACGAAAAAAAAGAAAAAAAAGAAAAAAAAAAUAAAAUAAAAUAAAAAGGUAUAUGAUAUAUACGGUGUAUAAAUAGUAUAUCUCGUGAUAUGCCGCGACGAUCGGAUCUUUACUUUCACCUCGUAAACGAUCGUUUGAUAAACUCUUACUUUCGCCAUAAUGUCACAAUAAGAAAUUUGUUUAGAUUAAUGCGAAGAUCUUCUUUAUUUCGCGUAAGGAGAGAAAUUUAAUAUGGGAGAAAAUGUAUGACCAUUUCUAUCGUCGAUGUGUCACGUGCCUAGUAGCAAAAAUCGUUAAAUUAUUUAUCGCAUUUUUCGAAAGACACGAAUUCGCCUUCAUCGUGCUUAGCGAAGAUAAAUGAAAAUAAUAGAUAAAUAGUUUAGAGAUGCAAAUGAAAGCGUUCGCUUUAGAUUAAUCUUACUUUAUCAAGUUCCUGCGAGAUUAUUAUAAAAAUGAUAAAAGGAGCUUCGGCGAUACAAUCUUUUCUAGCUUUUAAGCUGAUUUUUUAAAAGGAAAAAUAAUAAUAAUAAUAAGAAUAAUAAUAAUAAUAAUAAUAAUAAUAACUAUAAUGGAAAAAAAAGAAAAAAAAAAAAAGAAGAAAAGGAAAAAGAAGAAGAAAAAAUAUUAAGUGAAAGAUUAGCUCGAAGAUAAGCUUGUAAAUGGCGACGAAUUCGAAUUCGAACUCGACGAACGGUGAUCCUUCCUUAGCUCGUAUUCUCGAGUUAAGAAAGUAUUAGCCUUUUUGGAAUAUACAGGGAUAAUAAAUAAUAAUGGGAUAAUAAAUGCGACGAAUGGGAAAUUAAGCUAAAGAGAUAGGUAUCCGAUAAUAUGCAGGGUGAAACAUUUUAAUGGGAAAUAUCGAACGUCUCUUUCCUAUUUAUGGGUGUACAAAAGAAAAAGAAAACAAAAAAAAGAAAAUCUUUCUCUUAGGGAAAAGUUAUGACUUUUGGAAAUAAAAUUAAAAUAUUUCCCUACAUUGCUCAUUAUUUUCCCCCAUUAAGGAGGAUCUUUAACGUUCGUCCAUAAACAAAACGAAAGAUCUUUCGACGUUCCUAUUUAAAUAGUUCACUCUAUACAUAUAUAUCUACGUCCGAAUAUACGAACGUAAUUAUGGCUCUAAAAUCGAUCCGUUAAUCUUAAUCUGAUCGAUAUCUUCGAUACCUAUUAAUAUGCAUUGUUCGAAGUCGAAUUUUAUGCUUUUGAAAGCGCACAAGUUUUCAAAGUUUGCAAAAAUUUCAAUAGAUAUCGCGCCAAUUCUUUGCGCUAAUUCAUUUCUUUCAUCACACUGCGAUAAUUUUUUUUAGAGACGUCAUGUAAUAUUUUAAAGAAAGAGAGAGAGAGAGAGAGAGAGAGAGAGAGAGAAGGAAAAGGAGGGACAGAGAGAAAGAGAGUGUUAGGGCCUUUGCUUUUACAAGGAUCGUAGAUGAGAAUUUUUCACGCUAGAAAAUGAAUUUUGUGACGUACUUAUGUAUAUUGAAUUUAGAUCUUUGAAUUUGUAAAUUUUUCUCGACAACUCUACGAUCCCGAUCUCGACGUCCUAUUAGAAAAAUAUUAGAUAACUUGACGUAUAUAUAUAUAUAUAUAUAUAUAUAUAUAUAUAUAUAUAUAUAUAUAUAUAUAUAUGUAUACGUCAGAAGAUGAACUUUGAUGUCGAAAAUUUUACGACGAUAGAAUAUAUCAGCGUGAGAUGAAAGGGAAAAUUAAAAAAGAUUGUAUUUCAUUCACGCUAGAUUAAUGAACCCACAACAGUGAAACAUACCGAGACGAUAUUCGUAUUGUUUAAUGUGCUUCAUAUAUGAAACAUAAAUCGAUGUUUAAGAUGUUUAAAUGUAUAGACAGAGAGAAAGAGAGAGAGAGAGAGAGAGAGAGAGAGAGAGAGAGAAAAUAACUCUUAGACAUUAAGUUUUAAUUCUUAUCGUAGAACGCUAAGAACGUUAAGAGAAAGUUAAUAAAAAAGUGAAAGAAGAAAAAGAAAGAUGAAUGUGAUCGAAACUGUCCUAAUCUUUAUUAUGGACGAAAAGAGCGUUUAGAGACUCUAGAAUUAGAAUCGACUCUAACUCGCGAUCGCUUCUUUAUAUCAUAGGAACACGUACAACGUCCUUUCUAAUAUUUCAUUUCGCUUCGAGCGAUUCUCACAGAGAGACGAGCGUUAUUCAUUAUCGAUAAGGAAAAAAAAAAAAAAAAAAAAGAAAAAAAAAAGAAAAGAAAGAAAAAAGAAAAAAAAGGAAGAAAGAAAGAAAUUAAAUAAUAAUUAAAGAAUGAGGAAACAGAAUUUCAGAGUGAAUAAAACAUGGAAAAGCGACGAGUGUUAUCGGUAUAUUAUUAUAUAUCUUAUUAGAAAUGCGAUAGUUUUUUUAAUAAAUUCGUCGCACCGUUCAUUAUAUGAUUUCAAUCAAAAGUUUUUGGUAAAAUCCUCGCUCCUGGUAUAAAAUGCAGACUAUAGAAAAAAAAAACAGAAAAGAGAGAGAGAAAGAGAGAGAGAGAGAGAGAGAGAGGGAGAGAGAGUAAUAAUUUAUAUGCUAUAUAUGUACGAACGUGCAAAGGAAUUUUAAAGGAAACAUAUCCAUUGAUUCACUAACGCGGAGAAAUAUUUUUUCAUUACCAUUAGUGCUCACAAUUUCAAAGGAAAAAUGAUUAUAAAAUAUAUCUAUAUAUUACGUACAUACAUAUAUAUACAUACAUAAAUGCGCAUAUAUUCACAAAUACGCUACCUGCAUUUUUCUCACGAUCGAGGUCACAUUUGCUUUUCUUCCUUCCGAAAAAGAAAGAGAUAGAGAAAGAGAAAGAGAGAGGGUGAGAGAGAGAGGGUGAGACAGAGGGAGAGAGAGGGAGAGAGAGAGAGAGAGAGAGAGAGAAAGAGAAAAGGCGGGGAGAGAGAUGGAAGAAACUUUUCGUAUAAGUUUCGCAUGAUUUUUGUGGAUACGUUGCGGACGGAGGAAAAAAAAAAAAGAAGAAGCAAUUAUUUUCGAAUGUGAUGUAAUACGUAAAGUUAUAAGGAGCGUGCCUGAAAUAUUUUAGGAAACUUUAUCAGUGUAGAGAAGAUGAAAAAAAAAAGAAAUGAAAAGAAAAAAAGGAAAAAAAGAAAAAUGAAAAAAAAAUUGAAGUCGAGAUGGACUUUGUUUUCGUAAUUUAGCAUACGAGAUGAGUGCACGCUUGUUGUUGCGAUUAUUGUCUUUUGAAGCAUCACAAGAGAGAGAGAGAGAGAGAGAGAGAGAGAGAGAGAGAGAGAGAGAGAGAGAAUAAACAUCGCGAUUAGAAAUGCUUUUUUAGAAAGCGGAUGGAUCAUUGAAAGAAAGUAGAAAAAAAAAUGGAUCUUUCGUGAUUAGAUCGCGAGAUACCGCUUAGUUUUGUUCCAAAAAUAUCUCGGGCAUGAUAGGCUUUAAAAAAAAAGGAAAUAAAAAUUGGAUUUCGAUAGCGUGCAACGAGGAAGCCAUCGUGUCGCGUCGCGAGAUAGAUAAAGAAAGAAAAGAAAAAAGAAAAAAAAGGAAAGAGAACAAACGCGAUGAACAUUCGUAAAAAUGUGUUCGAACAUUCGAACAAGUAGGAAAUUGCAUUUAAUUGAUAUUUAAAUAAACUCGGCACGAUUAUAAGAAAUUUAAAAUAUUGAAUAUAUACAUAUAAAAUACGCUAAUGAGAGACGGACUUUAGAAAAAGAAUUUUUAUCCUGUCGUUAUUAUAAAUAUACCUAUAAAGUAUAUAUACCCACGUAUUCGAUACUUUUUGUUCGUUGAUCGAACUCUUCCGAACUUAUCGAUAGUCGAGUAUGAUUUCGAUAGAGAAAAAAAAAAAAAACGUGAAAAAAGUAAACAAAAAGAAAAAAAAAAAAAAAGAAAAUAAGAGACGUUUGCAAAAUUCAUCGAAUUACGAAUGUCAAAAUCAAGCGUGUAAAUAAAUACCUACAACUCUCUUCGUAUUUCAUCGUCAUUCGAAUUCGUUGAAUUUUAUAAACCGACGUAAUUGUCAAAAAAGAAUUUUUCGAUCGUCGAUUAAUAUAUACCUAUCUAUUAUUAUACUUUUAACGAAAAAAAAAACUUCAGCCAUUAUGAUAUAAAUAUAUCUAAUAACGAAAUUUCUUCAUUAAUGGAGAAACCAUAGCCGUCUUUUUAUCAAACUUUGUCAUAUCGCAAAAAAAAAAGAAAAAAAAAAAAAACUUAAAUGGAAUCGUCUUCUAACGAUUGAAAAUCAUAUACCUAAUCGUGUCUAAAUUACGAAAUUAAUUACGAUCUCUUACGAUAUUUGGAACAGUUGUCAACGAUAUUUAUACUUAAUACGUAUAACGAUAUCUCUACAUGCAUACAUACAUAUAAUACAUACAUACAUACAUAAAUACAUAAAUACAUAAAUACAUAUAUACAUACAUACAUACAUAUAUAUUAUAUAAUAUAAUAUUGAAAUAAUUUUCAAAAUAAAUCACGACGGCUUCUCGUUGUACACUAGAGUCCGUGAUUAAUAUUAAGUCAUUCAACGCACACUCGUAGCUCUAAGGGUUUUUAUAAUGGUGCUCUAUGGAGGCAAUCGUAUAAUUCGAUUGAUAUUUCAAAAGAUUAGCAACGUUCGAGAAGUUGCUUAUAAGAAAGAAAGAAAGAAAGAAAGGAAGAAGGAAAGAAAGAAAGAAAGAAAGAAGGAAAGAUUUUCUGUAGAACAUCAUGAUACAUACCGAAAUUUGUAAAUAUACUUUAUGAUAGUUUGUAAAAGAAAUUUAAAAGGAUAGGAUAGAAAAAGAAAGAAAGAAAGAAGGAGAGAGAGAGAGAGAGAAAGAAAGAGAGAGAGAAAAAGAGAGAAGUUCGUCAGAAGAGUGCUAGCGAUCGUUUUAAAGUUUCUUUUUUCUCAUUUAUAUGAAUUUUAAAAAAAGAAAAAGAAAAAUCGUUCGAGAUCGAAAGAACUAUCGAUACUCAUUGGAAAGAUAGAAAGGAAAAAUAAACGAGAUAAAACGAUCGUUUUUUAUUUCUUCUUUUUCUAUUAUCACGAAAAGAAAAGAAAAGAAAAAAGGCACAGGUGAUAAAAUAGAAAGGAACGAGAAUAGAUUACCUAUUGCAUUAUCAAUUAGUAGAUUUAAUCGAGAGAAGUCGAUAAGCUUAAAAAGAUUUGCAGUAAACGAUUAAGAUUGAAUUCUUAGAUUCUAAUUGCGUUGUUAAGUUAAUGACGAUUUCUUGUCGCGGAUUUUCAGACGGAAAAAUCUUCGCAAUCGGAAAAUUUAUCUUGUGUUACGUCGUCGUGAGAUGUGCGAAUUCGAUCGCUAAGUUAUUUAAUCAUUCGUCAAUUUUUGUAAUCGCUCGAACGGAAAAAAAAUGAUUUCUGUGUGGAAACAAAAAAGAAAAGAAGAUAAUGAAGAGCUUGAAUAGUAAUUAAAAGAAAAAAAAGGGGGUAAUACACGUUGUAAGAACUACGGUGUAUUUAAUAAAUGCAUUUAAUGGAACGGAGACUGUGUUUGCAAGCUGUGUUCUCAAAUGUAAGAUGGAAACGUUAAUUAUUAUAAAAUUAACGCGAAGACAAACGCGAUGAAAAUGAUUCGACGUGAUACGAAUAAUCGUUAUAAAUGUUAUCUACAAUGUAAACGUUUAUUCGAGCCAUUUAUACCUGGCUACAAAUAAGAAUCGGUACUUGUAGUGAUUUAACGAACAUGUCAUUACUUUAUCGCUUAAGAAUUACGUUAAUCCGUAUAUUUUGUAAGCCAAGAUUAUCGAUAGUGAUUAAUAAACAUUACUACGUAUUACGAUAAA